GUGUUUAUGUGGUAUUAUUCCACUUGCCACAAAUAUCAGUGUAAUGGGGAAACAGCGCCCCCCCUCUCGGUGUGGCUGGUUAGGUGAGGCUGGCUGCAGUAAUCGCUGCCAGUCUGCCGUAGCCAUACGAGAGUGUGCUGUGCGGAGUGGUGUAUGGCGAGCCUGUGCACUGAUAAUACACCGUUGUUUCCAUUCAGGAAAUAAAGUGGCAACGAUCGAUCAGAGACUCCUUGUCUUUUUAAAAACACUACACAACGCAGAGUCGAGGAGUCUGUUUGGGCCGAACUGUUGCAGCGGGAUGAAGCAGAAACCGGUUACACUGGUGCCGUGACCCCAGCUCCUGCUAUCCUGCGACCGCAACGGGGGCCGUCUACUUCCUGGAAGGUGGAAAAGUCGCGGGAGAUUGGCUUUUCUUAGUCCCGCCAUUUUCUGCGUUCUUUAGAGACAUUGGGGCGGGGCUCUGUGCUUUCUUUUUUUUGGAGAGUUAAAAAAAAAAAAAAAAGGGAGGGACACAUUGCUGAGCCAUGGCAGAUUUUCCCAGUUUUGGCAGGGGAAGGGGGGCAGUUGGUUUUACCCCUCUGCAUUCAUAUGGCAGAGGCAGAUCAAGGUUGCUGACAGCCCCAGUUUCCUCCACACCUAAGCCUGUCCUUGCUGAGUUAAAUGAAAACCCUAUUGUUGGGAACUGUGAUGAUCUACAAAAUACUAGAUCAGAAACCAGUCCCACAAAAGAGAACCUUUAUGCAGAGAUUGCAACGCAAAUUGGGUUUUCUAUUGGGGAAAGCAUUGCCUCUUGUCUUGAAUCUCGGUUGGGCUCUGGAGUGGGAAACAGUGUUGUUGGGUCUGCCAAUAAUGUGUUAUCUGAACCCUCACUAUUGAAUGUGAUUGUAAAGUCUGAUGUUAAAGAACCUGUGUGUUUUAGAGGGGAUGGCUGUGAUACAUGCAGUGUUCAGGAAUGGGAGGAAAUGAUGAUGACUUUUUUUAAGAGAAGAGGGGUACCAGUUGCUGAACAAGCUGAUGAUGUGCUAAGUAAACUGCUGGGGAGGGCACGAGAAAUAGUCAAGGUGGGCAUACGUAGUAAGCCAUCGGUGUGUCUUGAGAGGGGCCCAGAGCCCAUUUUUGAGAUCUUAAAGCAGCACUUCAGUGACACUGCCUGUUCAAGCAUGCCUUUAGCUGACUUUUAUGCAACACUACCCAACUCAGGUGAAACACCGUUUGAUUACUGGCUCAGGUUGAACAGAGCCAUGGAGGUGACAGAAGACUGUCUGAAGAGACAAAAUAAGUCCUUUGCAUAUCUGACAAAAGAGCUGACUGCUAUGUUUAUCCGCCACUGUCCAGACUCAGAACUGUCUCUUAUUUUCAAGUGCAAGCCCCUGCAGCAGUGGACGGUUGCUGAUGUGCACGAGAAAUUGCUGGAGCAUGGCAAGGACCGGAAGUGCACCCCUCAGUUUAGUGCAGUCAGUGCCUUGAGUUUUCAGCAACAGGAGGUGAGUCCUAAUGUGCAGCAGGCGACAGGCAACAGUAAGUGUAUUACACCAUCACCAACCUCUACCUCAGCAUCACUUACCGACCUUCAUGCAAAACCACCUACUGAUCGUCUUGAUCAUGUGAUAGCCCUGUUAGAGAAAGUCCUGGAGGGACAGCCUCGACAAGCAAAGCUGCCUGCUAAGGAUGAUGUAAGGGUUCCCCGGAACCAAACACACAAAAUUGUGCCUUGCGUGAUUUGUGGUGACACUGAACACUCUACGUAUCACCACUGUAGAGCCCAUCAGCUAUGUUUCAUCUGCCAUGCUGGCGACCACACACGGGCUCAAUGCCCCAGGGCCGUGUCUGUCAGAGUGAGGGGGCCUGAAUCAGCCACCCAGCAGCUGGGAAACUAG